AUGAGCGUGAAAUCAAAGGAGAAUCUGCCAUGGGUUGAGAAAUACAGACCUGCUAGUCUGGACCAGGUGCACGGCCAGACCGAGGUGGUGACGACCAUUAGGAAGUUCAUGCAAGAAGGAAGAAUUCCUCAUCUUCUGUUUUAUGGACCACCAGGAACGGGUAAGACUUCGACAAUUGUGGCGUUGGCACGUGAGAUCUAUGGCAACAGCUACAGAAACAUGGUGUUAGAGCUGAAUGCCUCUGACGAUAGAGGUAUCGAUGUGGUCAGGGACCAGAUCAAAAACUUUGCGAGCACGAUGCAAAUCUUCAACAGAGGAUUCAAGCUCAUUAUUCUGGAUGAGGCUGAUGCCAUGACAAAUGUUGCACAGAACGCUUUGAGGAGAGUCAUUGAGAAGUACACCAAGAACACCAGGUUCUGUAUCCUUGCUAAUUAUGCCCAUAAGCUCAAUCCUGCCUUGUUGUCUAGAUGCACGAGAUUCAGGUUUUCGCCAUUGGAAGAGAAAGCUAUCAAGGAGUGCGUGGACAAUGUGGUGGAAAAGGAACAGUUGAAAAUAUCCGAGGAAGCUGUUGCUGCCCUGUUGAAGCUCUCUGAAGGUGAUAUGAGAAGAGCGCUCAAUGUUCUGCAGGCGUGUGCUGCAGCCGUCGAUAAAGGAGACGAAAUAUCUAUUGAUAUGGUUUAUGACUGUGUUGGUGCUCCCAGACCGGCAGUGAUACAGAGAGUGCUGGAGUCCAUAAUGCAGGAUGAUUGGAGGACUGCCUUUGAUACCUUGAAAAAGGCCAAGCAAAACGAGGGAUUGGCUCUGGUAGAUCUUUUGCAUGGCUUUGUGGAGAUUCUAGCCAAAUAUGAACUAAAGCCCAAGACCAGAAUUGAGAUUCUGGACAAGUUUGGAGAAAUAGAGUAUGCCAUCUCUCGUGGAGGCAAUGACAAGAUCCAGAGCACGGCGUGCAUCGGAGUGAUCAAAAGCGCGUUGGAAAAUGAGGAUGCAGUUGAAGUGUAA